GGAUUAGCUGUGGUAGAGCGGGGCAGGAGCAGCUGCUCCCUGGAUCCUCCUCCUUGUGGAUUCGGCCCUGGAGCUGACAGCAGCUUCACUCAGCCUCUCAGUGCGGGAGGAGAGUGGCAGGGAGAGGUACUUGCCAUAGCACGAUCCAAGGACUUGCUGCUUUCUGUGCCCAGUCACAAGAAGAUGUGUGCCUGCUCUGCAUGAGAACCCGGUGACUGAGUGGGUGAUAGAGGUGAAAAGCCUGUUGUAUAUUUAUCACCAUGACUGAUGUCUCUGUUUCAUUGAAGUGAAACAUCAAGUAGAUGAUCCUACAUCCAGACUGCUGUUCAACCACACAAGCCUCUGGUGGCCGUGAAGGAGGGAGUGUCAGGCAGGCAGGAGUGGGCUGCGGGAGGUGGGGAGAGGCAGGAGCUCUCCCUUCUCCCAUACCAGUGACUUGAAGACUGCUGAGGAACACACGAUUUGAAUCAUUUAAGCAUUAAAAUAGUAAUACCCAUGGAAGAGCCACAAGACUUACCCGAACAACCAGUGAAAAAAGCCAAGAUGCAGGAAUCCAGAGAACAGAGCCUGAGUCAUGUGAGCAACACAGAAGUCAGCGAUCAGAAAACUGAAUCUUCAAACCUUGGUUCAAACCUUCCCAUGUCCAGUGAGAUUAUGACAUGCACUGAUUAUAUCCCAAGGUCAUCAAAUGAUUAUACCUCACAAAUGUAUUCUGCAAAGCCAUAUGCACAUAUCCUUUCUGUACCAGUAUCGGAAACAAUGAGCCCUUACCCUGGUCAGCCUCAGUACCAAGCACUACAGCAGUCCCAGCCCUACACCAUCUACCCCCAGACCACUCAGACCUACGGACUACCUCCUUUCGGUGCACUGUGGCCAGGUAUGAAACCUGAAAGUGGUUUAAUUCAGACUCCAUCUACAAGUCAGCACAGUGUUCUUACCUGCACUACAGGGUUAACCACAAGCCAGCCCAGCCCAGCACAUUAUUCUUAUUCCAUUGAAGCAUCAACUACCAAUGCCAGUCCAGUCUCUACAUCCUCAAGUGUUGUAAAUAUUUCCACUUCAGCAGUAGCCAGCAUCUCACAGGAGUAUCCUACGUACACGAUCCUUGGCCAGAGUCAGUACCAGACCUGUUACCCAAGCUCAGGCUUCGGAGUGGUGCCACCAGCAGACAGCAACACAGAAAGCAUGGCAUUAGCCACGACCACGUACCCAGCUGAGAAACCAAAUGCCCUGGUGCCGGCACGGGCGGUGCAGAGACCUUCCUCCGGAGAUGCAUCCACAAGUCCUUUGCUACCAAGAGCAACAGCAAGUAAAGAGUUAGAUGAGCAAGCAAGAAAAAACAUCCCUGGAAAGAACAGAGGGAAGAGGAAAGCAGAUACCUCCUCCUCACAGGACAGUGAACUGGAGCGGGUGUUUCUCUGGGACCUGGAUGAGACCAUCAUCAUCUUCCAUUCCCUUCUUACAGGGUCUUACGCUCAAAAAUAUGGCAAGGAUCCAACGCUAGUGAUUGGCUCAGGUCUGUCCAUGGAGGAGAUGAUUUUUGAAGUUGCUGAUACUCACUUGUUUUUCAAUGACUUGGAGGAGUGUGACCAGGUACACAUAGAAGAUGUGGCAUCUGAUGACAAUGGCCAAGAUCUAAGCAACUACAACUUCUCCACGGAUGGGUUCAGUGGCUCGGGAAGCAACGCAAACCACAGCUCCUCAGUGGGUGUGCAAGGAGUGGACUGGAUGAGGAAACUGGCCUUCCGCUACCGCAGAGUACGCGAGAUCUACAACAAAUACAAAACCAACGUUGGAGGCCUGCUUAGCCCACAGAAGAGGGAAGCUCUGCAGCGACUGAGGACCGACAUAGAAGUGCUGACAGAUUCCUGGCUGGAAACUGCAUUAAAAUCCCUUCUGCUUAUCCAGUCCAGAAAAAACUGUGAGAACAUCCUGAUCACAACCACCCAACUGAUGCCAGCUCUUGCCAAAGUUCUCCUGUAUGGAUUGGGCGAGGUGUUUCCCAUUGAAAAUAUUUAUAGUGCUACAAAAAUAGGUAAAGAGAGCUGCUUCGAGAGGAUCGUGUCACGGUUUGGAAAGAAGGUCACUUACGUGGUGAUUGGAGACGGGCGUGAUGAGGAGGUCGCAGCCAAGCAGCACAACAUGCCGUUCUGGAGGAUCACAAAUCACGCCGACCUCGUGUCCCUUCACCAAGCCCUCGAGUUAGACUUCCUGUAAGAAGUUGGAGCAAAGACGUGACUGAAGCUCCUGCAAGCCCUCUCCAUUACUGGGGGGGGGGCAGAAAUAUCACAUGUUUGGGGACUCACUUUUCAGCUUGAUGAAGAAAACAUAUUUAAUGCAAACUGUACAGUGGAAUAUGACAGCAGGUCGUUCCUCGGGAGCAUAGCCCCUGCCAAGUCCAGAGGUGUCCUGUAAAGAAGCCCUAGACUCAGCAGAGCUAGAGCUUGUCUGCAGAAGGGACUCACAGAGCCAGCUGAAUGCCUCUGGCAGGUGUCUCCAGAGGGAGGGGCCAUAAAACAGCAGAUGUAUUUGUAAGAGCCUUCUCCUUUCUAUUCAGCUUAGUUGUAGAACCCAAGUAAACACAAAACUUUAUUUUUAUAGGAAAAUGCUGAUGGCAGAGCUUAAACCUCCCUUGUUUUGCAAAGCCGAAGAGCUAUGGUUUUUUUCAUAGGAAAUAUUAAUGAAAAUGUCAAAAAUACCUCUAUUGCUGUAAAAUGUGUCCUCUCUCCUUCCCUGGGUAUUCAAAACAGUUAAUUUAUUACAAUGUCCUUAUGUUAUUUCCUCAGUGUGGGAUUACUGGAAAAUAUAAAGGUAAGGGAAUGCAUCUGGGAUAUGUGGUUCAUUGUAGAGGCAAGUAUUGGUGUUCCGAGUUGAUCCCAGUGGCUUCUAGUCAAUGUGUGCACAAGCCCUGUUAGCCAGCAGGAGAUCACUGGAUUCCAGCCUUGAGAUCACUGGAUUCCAGCCUUGGUCUGGACUGUAGAUCCCACAGAUUUUCCCUGUAAAGAAAAAUGAAACCGCCUGUGAACAUGAGGUACAGCAGACUGGUGCAGACUGCUCAGAUGUGAACAGAGUCCUCACCUGGACUAGGAAUAAUCUAAUUCCUAAAUCCUCAUGAAUGUUGAAGAGAAGGCUCUGGCUAUGGUAUAACCUUCAUCUCUGCCUUCCUGACUCCGUUUAUAAGUUCCUUUUAGUAGAAUCAGAUUCAAUUUUCUUAUAUUCUUUGCAUUAGCCUAACUACAUAGUGAGAAACAAAUGCCUUGUUAAGAGGGACUUAAUUUUCUAAGACACUGUGACUUGGCAGCAUGGAGCACUUGGGAGGGAUUUUUCUGCUCCUGUCUCAGUAUAGAGGCUGGAGUCACUGGCCUGCAGCUCCUCUGGCCAGGAACAGCCAGCUAGGGACUGGGGCUGGCACAGGGGCCAGCCCAGUUGGUUUUGUGCCAACUCAGGCUGUGUUUGGUGGUCUCCCCCAUGUACCCCGAUGGCACCAGAUCAGCAGGUGCCCUGAGGACAGGUGUGUGCUGUGCCCCAGAACCUGCCGCUGCUGCAGAGCCAGCCCUGUGGCUGCACCCAGACCUCUCCAGAUUGUGGUCACCAGCCCCAUAUCACCAUCGGGACACUGGGCUGAAAGUCUGUCACUGCAGGGAAGACACAGACCCAUUUGCUGUGCCCAUACAGGCAGGGAUGUGUUUGCUACAUUUCUUUCAUAGCAUUAAUUACUGAGGGUUAAUUUCCAUCAGUGCAGGGGGAGCUGCUGGGCCUGCUUGGCACAGGCUCUGCUGUGCCCUGGGAGCAUCUGUUCCUGGGCCAGCUCCAGUGACCAUGGGGCAGAAGGUGCCUAGAGGCAGGGGUUUGGAUACCUCGUGCUCAGGGACUGGACCCGGGAGGUCUAUUUCACAUGGUACCAGCUCCAGUUUCCCUUUGUUGUUUUUUGUUUUUUUUUUUAAUAAUUAAAUUGGAAUCAAAGGCAAUUCUCUUUCUCCAGGGUGGUCACUGGAGUCAGGAGUGAUCUGCUUUCCAUUUCAGCUCCUUGCCAGGUGUGAUCCCAGAUGGAUACUGGAUCUGUGUAUUUCCCCAGGAGCUCUGCAGCUCAAAUAUGCACACAAAUACAUGUGGGAGUUCCUGCCCGCCAGCAGCGUAACUGCUCAUCCCAUGAGGAGGAUCUGAGGACUCUGCUGUGGGUGUCACUGGGCAGCUCAGCAGAGAUAAAGGUGCUUGGCUGCCUUGGGGGCUGCUGGCCCAGCAGAGCCUGGGGGGCAAACAGGCUGUGCUGGGAGUGCUCAGCAGUGGAUUUGGAAAGGGGAGCAGGACCCAGGGAAGUUCUCUGUCUACACCAAAUGGAGACCUCAGGUGUGUUUGCACCUGUUCCAAGGCACCUGGGGCAGCUCCAGCUCCCUUACUGCUGGGUCCAUAGAGUCCAGUUCCUCUGGGGUCCUUGUGAAGUGCCAGAGCUGUGGUGAGGAGCCUCACUGCUCCCAGGACUGGAAAUGUCACCAGAGGAUCAGGACUCAGUUGUAGUCAAAGAGUCUGUGCUGAUGCUGAACAUCCCUCAGCAGGUUCCCAGCCUAUCCAAAGGUCUCCUGCAAGCAGGUUUGGGAGCACAUCUUGUACUCCAACUGGCUGAACUUUGGGAUUAAAAGCUGUGCCUUAACCUCCCAACACUGGCAUGGCCAAGCAGCCCCUGUGCUUUGCUCUCAUCGGAAGCAGCUGACCAGAGCCAUGCUAGAGAGGGGCUGGGUUUGCCCAGGCACUGGCAGCAGGUGCUGGACCUGCGGGCCUGAGCUGCCUGGUAGCUGGCUGUGCUUUGUGUUUGUUUACUUUAAAUGUUUUAGGGAAAUUUUAAGACGUUGGUAAAAUUUUAGCUGAGUGUGGAACUCGCAGCCACUGACAUUUCAUACUGAUAUUUAUAUGAUGUUUCCUUGAAUGUAUGUAAAGUACUUUUAUAACAGGAGGUUGAUGGUACAUUUCUGUGUUUUGUUAAUAAAGGGGUGACCUGGCUAUUUUAUUUUUUCCUCUACUGGCUGAAUUUAAGCCUUUUCCCGUCUCUCUUGAGGCAGGAACAGCACCUCUAUCCAAGCAUUGAUUUUCUCCUGUCUCUGUCACCAGUUCAGCUACAGUCAGGUCAGGGGUAAUGGGAGAGCAAACCUGAACACCUGAAGGACAGUCAGCCUGCAGGCUUAGAGCACCUGAGCUCACCUGGGUGCUGCUGGCCUCCCCUUCAGCUUCAACACAGCCACGGAGGCUUUAAAAACCACCUGAUCCACUAAUAUUUGUUGCCUCCAACAGCCCUUGAGGGGAUGUCUAUGCUGGCAGUGGUGGGAAGCAGUAGGACCCCUGGAGCCCACACCACCUCUUUUGCUGCACUACAAGGGGUGAGUCCUGGGUGCUGCUGGCUGUGGGACCUUUGCCUGUUCAUGGUCUGUAAUGGGAACUGUCCUGUGAACUGGAAAAAAAUAAUAAAGUCUUUAUUUUCUAUA